GCAGGGAGAGAGACCAUUAGGAAUGCCUCUCAGUAACUGGUUUCCUGAGGUUUCUGAAGUUAGACAAACAGCCUGGAGCAAUCUGAACACAUCGCCCCCGCAGCUCUGCAGGAAUCAGGAUGCAGGCCAAAUACAGCAGCACGAGGGAUAUGCUCGAUGAUGAUGACACCAGCAUAAGCCUGUAUUCUGGAGCUUCCACUGUCACCAGACGUGCAGAUCCGAGGCAUUCAGCAGAGAACGAGACUCCCUCUUCAGUUUGGCGCCCAGUGGCUCUGACCCUGCUGACCUUGUGUUUGGUGCUACUUGUCGGCCUUGCAGCCCUGGGCCUUGUGUUUUUUCAGUUCUACCAGCUCUCCAAUAUCCAGCAGGACAGCAUCGCUGAAAAGGAUGAAAGGCUGGGGAAUGUAUCCCGACAGCUGCAGUCCCUCCAGAUGCAGAACAGGAGACUCAUAGAAACUCUACAGCACGUAGCUGUAAAACUGUGUCGUGAACUUUACAACAAAAGCGGAGGACACAGAUGUAGCCCUUGCCCAGAAACAUGGAAGUGGCAUAAGGACAAAUGUUACCAGUUCUAUAAAGAGAGUAAAAACUGGCAGGGCUGUGAAUAUUUCUGCUUGGCUGAAAAUGCCACCAUGCUGAAGAUAAGCACACAGGAAGAGCUGGAUUUUGCCAUGCCUCAGAGCUACUCUGAGUUUUUCUACUCUUAUUGGACAGGGCUCUCCCGCAAUGGCAGUGGCAAAGCGUGGCUGUGGACAGAUGGGACACCUUACUCCUUUGAACUGUUUGAGAUUAUAAUCGAUCCCACCAACCUAAGGAACAGGGACUGUAUGACCAUCUUCAAUGGAAAGGCUUUCUCGAAGGACUGCAAAGAGCUGAGGAGGUGUGCCUGUGAGCGGAUGGCGGGGAGAGUGGUGCCAGAGGUGCUCCAGUAGGUGGCAUCAAACAUUGAGCAGAGGAAGUCAACAGGUCAGCUUCAACCACCAGCCAAAGGACUGAAUCAAGUGAGGCCAACUAAAGGGACAUUCAAAGCUUUGGAAAACAGAGUCAGCUGCUGGGACUGGUACUCGAGAGGUUCUCCUCAUUCUGGCUCAGCAUCAUUCAUACCUGAGCACCAGUUCUUACACACUUUUACCCGUCACAAAAAUUCUUAUGAAGCACUAAUUAGCCUCAGGUAGGCUAGAGCAUUGUCCUCCUUGAUUUACAGAAGGCUUUCAGCUGUCUCUCAGUGACUGUUCUCACCCUGUUUCCCCAUGUCUCCUUUACACUAGGAAAAGAGGCACAUAAGAAAAUAGAGGGGGUGAUACGAAACCACUCACUGUUGUGUGGUGGUGUCUACACAAGUCUUGGUGCUUUCCAGCUCUCAGCACUUGGAUGGUGGAGGCAAGACAUGAAAAGUUUAAGGCCACCCACAGCUACAUAGAAAGGAGGCCAACCUAGGCUAUUUGAGGACCUCUUCUCAAACAGCAAGAAGGAACAAAAGAACAAUAGCGUUAAAAAAGAA